CGCUCUCUUUCCUCUCUCCUCAGGCUGGGCCACGUUCAUGGCUCUCGGGUAGGACCCAGCUGAACGGCCAGAAUGAAUUCUAUGGACAGGCACAUCCAGCAGACCAAUGACCGUCUGCAGUGCAUCAAGCAGCACUUACAGAACCCCGCCAACUUCCACAAUGCUGCUACAGAGCUGCUGGAUUGGUGCGGAGACCCUCGAGCCUUUCAGCGGCCCUUUGAGCAGAGCCUCAUGGGCUGCCUGACGGUUGUCAGCCGUGUGGCUGCCCAGCAAGGGUUUGACCUGGACCUGGGCUACAGACUCUUGGCCGUGUGUGCUGCAAAUCGAGACAAGUUCACCCCCAAGUCUGCUGCCCUGCUGUCCUCCUGGUGUGAAGAACUUGGCCGCCUGCUGCUGCUUCGACAUCAGAAGAGCCGCCAGAACGACCCCCCUGGGAAACUCCCCAUGCAGCCCCCCCUCAACUCCAUGAGCUCCAUGAAACCCACUCUGUCGCACAGUGAUGGGUCAUUUCCUUAUGACUCUGUCCCUUGGCAGCAGAACACCAGUCAGCCUCCUGGCUCCCUCUCCGUGGUCACCACGGUGUGGGGAGUGACCAACACAUCCCAGAGUCAGGUUCUCGGGAACCCUAUGGCCAAUGCCAGCAACCCUAUGAAUCCAGGUGGCAACCCCAUGGCAUCGGGCAUGAGCACCAGCAACCCCGGCCUCAACUCCCCACAAUUUGCAGGGCAACAGCAACAGUUCUCCACCAAAGCUGGCCCUGCACAGCCCUAUAUCCAGCCCAACAUGUACGGCCGGCCCGGCUACCCUGGUAGCGGGGGCUUCGGAGCCAGCUACCCUGGGGGUCCUAGUGCCCCUGCAGGCAUGGGCAUCCCUCCACAUACCCGGCCUCCUGCUGACUUCACCCAGCCAGCUGCUGCUGCUGCAGCAGCUGCAGUAGCAGCAGCAGCCGCCACAGCCACAGCCACGGCCACAGCUACAGUGGCAGCCUUGCAAGAGACACAGAAUAAGGAUAUAAACCAGUAUGGACCGGUGUGUUCCUCUUUCCAGAUGGGUCCCACCCAGGCGUAUAACAGCCAAUUCAUGAACCAACCCGGGCCUCGGGGGCCUGCCUCCAUGGGGGGCAGCAUGAACCCUGCCAGCAUGGCAGCUGGCAUGACACCCUCGGGCAUGAGCGGCCCUCCCAUGGGCAUGAACCAGCCCCGACCGCCUGGCAUCAGCCCCUUUGGCACACACGGGCAAAGGAUGCCCCAGCAGACCUACCCAGGCCCCCGACCCCAGUCCCUUCCUAUUCAGAGCAUAAAGAGGUCAUACCCGGGAGAGCCCAACUAUGGAAACCAGCAAUAUGGACCAAACAGCCAGUUCCCCACCCAGCCAGGCCAGUACCCCACCCCUAAUCCCCCAAGGCCACUCACAUCUCCCAACUACCCCGGACAAAGGAUGCCGAGCCAACCCAGCACCGGGCAGUACCCACCCCCCACAGUCAACAUGGGGCAGUAUUACAAGCCAGAACAGUUUAACGGACAGAACAACACCUUCUCCUCUGGAAGCAGCUACAGCAGCUACAGCCAAGGGAGCGUCAACAGGCCUCCUAGGCCAGUUCCUGUGGCAAAUUACCCCCACUCGCCCGUUCCAGGGAACCCCACACCCCCCAUGACUCCCGGGAGCAGCAUACCUCCCUAUCUGUCCCCCAGCCAAGAUGUCAAGCCACCUUUCCCACCUGAUAUCAAGCCAAAUAUGAGCGCUCUGCCACCACCCCCAGCCAACCACAAUGAUGAGCUACGGCUCACAUUCCCCGUGCGGGAUGGCGUGGUUCUGGAGCCCUUCCGCCUGGAGCACAACCUGGCUGUCAGCAACCACGUGUUCCACCUGCGGCCCACGGUUCACCAGACGCUGAUGUGGAGGUCAGACCUGGAGCUGCAGUUCAAGUGCUACCACCAUGAGGAUCGGCAGAUGAACACCAACUGGCCAGCUUCAGUGCAGGUCAGCGUCAACGCCACACCCCUCACAAUCGAGCGGGGGGACAACAAGACCUCCCACAAGCCCCUGCACCUCAAGCAUGUAUGCCAGCCUGGCCGGAACACCAUCCAGAUCACCGUCACCGCCUGCUGCUGUUCCCACCUCUUCGUGCUGCAGCUGGUACACAGGCCCUCUGUGCGCUCCGUGCUGCAGGGCCUCCUCAAGAAGCGCCUAUUGCCCGCUGAGCACUGCAUCACGAAAAUCAAGCGGAAUUUCAGCAGUGUGGCUGCCUCCUCGGGCAACACAACUCUCAACGGUGAGGAUGGCGUGGAGCAGACCGCCAUCAAGGUGUCUCUGAAGUGCCCCAUCACAUUCCGGCGCAUACAGUUGCCUGCUCGAGGCCACGACUGCAAGCAUGUGCAGUGCUUUGACCUGGAGUCAUACCUCCAACUGAAUUGUGAGCGAGGGACCUGGCGGUGUCCCGUGUGCAAUAAAACUGCUCUGCUCGAGGGUCUGGAGGUGGAUCAGUACAUGUGGGGGAUCCUGAAUGCCAUCCAACACUCCGAGUUUGAAGAGGUCACCAUCGACCCCACAUGCAGCUGGCGGCCAGUACCCAUCAAGUCAGACCUCCAUAUCAAGGAUGACCCUGAUGGCAUCCCCUCAAAGCGGUUCAAAACCAUGAGCCCCAGCCAGAUGAUCAUGCCCAACGUCAUGGAGAUGAUCGCCGCUCUGGGCCCUGGCCCAUCUCCCUACCCCCUCCCACCUCCUCCUGGGGGCACCAGCUCCAACGACUACAGCAGCCAAGGAAGCAACUACCAGGGUCAUGGCAACUUUGACUUUCCCCAUGGGAAUCCCGGAGGGACAUCCAUGAACGACUUCAUGCAUGGUCCCCCCCAGCUCUCCCACCCACCGGACAUGCCCAACAACAUGGCCGCCCUCGAGAAACCCCUCAGUCACCCCAUGCAGGAAACUAUGCCCCACGCUGGCAGUUCUGACCAGCCCCAUCCCUCCAUACAACAAGGUUUGCACGUACCACACCCCAGCAGCCAGGCAGGGCCUCCAUUACAUCACAGUGGGGCUCCUCCUCCUUCCCAGCCUCCCCGGCAGCCACCACAGGCCGCUCCCAGCAACCAUCCACACAGCGACCUGACCUUUAACCCCUCCUCAGCCUUAGAGGGUCAGGCCGGAGCACAGGGAGCAUCCGACAUGCCGGAACCUUCACUGGAUCUACUGCCGGAACUCACAAACCCCGAUGAGCUCCUCUCCUACCUGGAUCCCCCCGACCUUCCAAGCAAUAGCAACGAUGACCUCCUGUCUCUCUUUGAGAACAACUGAAGGCCACUCUCCACUGGGGCCAACCCUCCCCACUCUGCCUCCUAUCCCAUCUGUCCCACACACUCUUCCUCCCAGGAGCCCAUGCUCAGGCCUCCCACACCAGGACCUCAGGCUGAGAGCUGAGCAGAGCACACUAGGCAGGGAAAGCCAUGUGAGUCUACAGUCCUGUUUGCCUGAAUGUUCCGGGACCUGUGCCUAGAGCAAGCCUGAAGACGGCCCCUGGAAGACAAAACCCAAGCAGAGGGAAUCCAGGCCCAGCAAGAGACAUGCCAAUGGCGAGUAUAGGUCCCUCCAUGUGUGCUGACUCCAGACGACCGACCUUCCAGUGUCCCAAAGUUCUUCCAUGUUUUUAAACCUUAUCCCAGCCUCCUGGCCCAGAGCCUCCUUCAAAUGACUGGAACCUGAGAGGAACACUCCGGCCCCCAGGCCAGGAUAGUAGACAAGCCUUGGAGGAAUGGUGACAGUUUGCAGCAGCGAGGAAGGACACACACACACACACACACACACACACACACACACACACACACACACACACGCAUCACAGAAAAGCACAACCCUCUGGGAAGGAGAACAUCCCUCAGAGCCAGGGGUCGUGGCUUUGGCCUCUGACUUCUAAGCCAAGAUGCCCUGUAAACACUCUCUCAGCAGAACAAGGACAAAGUGCUACGUCUGAGAGAGCUUGCCACACCUGUGUAGGGACUGGCAGGAAACAGGUCAGGGCCUUCUCCGGAGCCAAGACAAUGCAGGGGAGGGCUGCUCAACUAAGACCAGGGCCAUGCCUUGUGGGGAGCAGAGAGCACGUGCACCAUUGUGCACCACACCAAAAUGUGUCUCCAUUAGGGGCCAGGGGACAAUGCCAGCCAGAGCCCAACAGAGGCAGCCAAAGCCUUGCAGCUUUGCCCCAAGCCACUCCCUGCUUUAAAUGACCACAGUAGGAAGCUCUGAAGUCACAGAAGGAAAGGAAUACUGCAUCUGGACAGCAAGCAAACCAUCGCCCCACCCACCCCACCCCCAUGUUCUCUUUCCUUCCUCCUGCCUAUACUUCCUUCUCCAAGACUAUUCCAUAGACCCACUUCCCUCUGGGUUCUACUUUUCCCAGACAGCUGUAGGGCACAUGGCAGGGAAGCAGCAUGGGUCCCCCCCCCCGGGGAAUCUGGACUCCACAGCAAAAGUUCAGGGCAGCCAUGUCUUUCCAAGCCUCUCAAAACUAGUCCUGCAGGUUCUCUGCUCAAGGCUGCCUGUCUCCAGCCCAGACCCUUGCUGGGUGCACCAGGAUACCUUGGCAGGCAUAUUGUGACAUUUGUGUAGCUGCCUGUCAUUCCCCAUAUUUUUCCCUCCACCCAGAGCUCGCUCCACACUCCUGCUCACCCAGCAAGUGCAGCCUCUGGUCCUCUGCUUUUUCCACUCCAUCCAGCUUAGAGUCCCCGGCUGGCUUGUCACUCACCUGCUUUGUGCCAGGCUGGUCUGUGUCCCCCUGAGCCUCAUGGCCUACGGUGAUCCCUACAGUGAUGCCAGGUUGUCCGCUCACAUGAAUCCCAUCUGUAAAUUCUUUGCUCCCUUCUCCGAUGCUGCCACCCAGGGCCCUCUCCUGCCUCCUGUCCGCUGCCAGCAUCCUCAUUCGUCAUCGGUCAUUAGCCUCCCUCUGUGCUCCCUGGCACUCUUAAUAUAGAUUGAACCAGAAAGGUGACCCCUAACUGUUGACUUUCUGCCACCCUAAAAAAAAAAAGGCACAAAGAAAGCUGCCAUCACCCCUCCCCUCUUCUUCCUUUGUCCUGUUAAGGUUUUUUCAAGCAGUGUGUUCAGUAUGCAAAUCAAUUAUUUUAAGAAUCGCUUUUGUAAAUAUCUUUGUGAAUAUUUUAGUAUUGUCUUUGAUAAUAUUCAACAUUUUCAUGACCUGGUUAUAGCCUUUGCUGGUGUUUUUAAAAUAUCUUGACUCAGUGACAAAACCGAGUCCUUUUUUAAAAAAACAACAAAAACAAACAACAAAAACACACACACACAAAAAAAACCAACCAGGGCUAUUUGUACAGAUGAGAGAGGAGCAGAAGAGUCGGCCAUGCUCAAGUUGGGAGACCAGGCAACCUACUAUUGAGAGCCACUCUCAGUCAGCUGACAGGGACAACACUACACAAGGUACCAUGUGGCUGUCCCUACCCAGUGCCUGUGUCCUGGCACAAGGCCAUGCUCUUGUCGGACUAUACGGACGGACUGUUCAGCUUCAGACUGACAAAUGCCUUUCUCACAAGUUCCUGCUUCUUGCCGUGAUACUGUGCCCCAGAACAGCCUGGGGUCCCUGCUAGUUCUUGUCAAGGCAUGCCCAGGUUUUCCACAGCUUUCCAAAGCAAAAGGCCUAGACACUCCCCGUAGCCCCAGCCUCUCUGUCACCAGUUCACACCUGAGGCUGAUUUCCUAAGACUCUCUCCUAGGCAAGUGCCCCACCAGCAAGUUCACCACACAGCCUGAAGCCCACACUCCGGGAGCAUCUCCUUCCAGAGAAAUGUCAGAGCUCACCCAGGGUUUGAGAGAGGUACAAAGACAUCUGGGGCUGGAGCCAUGCCUUGGUAGUGACAGAUGCAGGUGAAGGUGACAUCUAUUAGCAGAGGCAGGCUUAGGCUCUGGAAAGAUCCUCGGUCCUUUCUGACAACAAUUUGGAGCCAUAGUACCCUCAGAAAUGAGGUCUCAGCAAGCCACUUUACCACAAGGAGCAACCCACCCAUAGGCAUGUACCAGCCACCACUCAGCUAACCAGGCUGGGAGUCCAUGGGCAGAUGGGGAAGGCCCCGCACAGGCGAUCACCCUCAUCUUCUUGGUUUGAAGCUUUAUUCAUGUCUCAUGUAUCCUGUAGCCAUUUUAUUUUUUAAAAGAUUCCUAAUACUUUCUCCCUAACGGAAGCCCUAAACCCCAGAGAGCUACAGGUCUGCUCCCAAUGGGCCCUUGGGCCUGACCGAUCCAGAGGCAGUGUGAGCAGCGGCAGCGACUCAAGGGACGCGUGUACAUAUGUAAAUGAGAGAUAGACAUGUCAACAAGAUACAUUCAUUUCUCCCGGAAUGUGUAAUGUUUUUUUAUUUUGCGAAACAGAAACAACAAAAGGCUUGGAACUCCUUCAUCCUACGUGGAAUACUAGAUCCUGUUUGUUAGCCUUCGUGACUCCGUCCUUGUCUCCUGUAAUAUACUGACCCGUGUGCAGAGGCAUUUUCGUUCCCCUUUGUCUUUAUUUCUACCUACACGUACUAUUUACCUUCCGUGUCCUAGCCCUGCCACCUGUGUAUUUUUGGGGUGCUAUGGAAACAAUGAAGAGAAACGGGGGUUUCAGAAGAAAAUUGUAACCAAAUUCAUAUGCUUUGUAUAAGUUUUUGAUAUCAUGAUCACAGGUGAUUCACACGCAUACACAUCCACACCCACACGUGCAGCCUGAAGUGAUGUCCAUGGAACCCAUCGUCUUUGUACAGCGUAUGUACAUGGCAAUCAUUUCAUACUUUUGACUGGUCAGAAAAAAAAAACUAAUUGUGAUUUCUAGUCUUGCAAAGCUGUAUGUAGUUAGAUGAUGUGACCUCUAAUAUUUAUCUAAUAAAUAUGUAUUCAGAUGAAACCUGUA